AUGUCUAGCAGCUUACAGACCACUUUAAAGGUCAAGAACCUUUUUCUCAAGCUUCACAAUGAAGGUUUAGGGUUGGAGCUUCAGGGGACGAAAGGCAAGGCAUAUAUCAAAACCCUCAUCAGGCAUCUGUGGAGAUUGAUACGAAAUUCAAAUUCUUCUCUGACGCAUCGAAAAAGGGCACAGAUUAUACUCAUAACAUUGGCAUUCACUUCUGUGACGGCAGCGUCAGGGAUUACAUAUGGGGUUUAUUCGCUAUUUUCAAAAAUUAGGUCAGGCGGCUUCACAAAGCGGCCAUUGAUGAGAAGAACAAGAUCCCAGAUUCUUCUCGACAACGGUGCUCGUGUCAUGUACGUUCCAUACCAGGACGGUCUGGAAAAGAAGAAAAGGAUCCUAAUCCGGCCCAAGAAUAACGACUUGUACGAGCAUGACAAAUUCCGAUUCAAAUACUUUGGCAUGAACAAAACGUCACAACUCUUUUACUCCAGAUUUCUAAAUCAGCUCAGCAUUUUAUAUCGGAUACUUGUACCUAAGCUUACAGACAGAAACUCAUUCCUACUUAUAUUCCAAGUGUUCUUCCUCAUUAUGAGAACUUGGUUGUCGCUUUUUGUUGCUCGCUUAGAUGGACAAAUUGUGAAAGACAUCAUAUCCGGUCAUGGCAGAAAGUUUCUCGUUGAUUUGAUGUGCUGGUUUUUGAUUGCAUUUCCUGCUUCUUAUACUAACAGUGCCAUCAAGUUUUUGCAGCGAAAACUAAGUUUAAACUUCAGAAUAAAUCUAACACGAUACAUUCAUGACAUGUAUCUCGAUGACAGGCUGGCGUUCUACAAGCUUGCUUUUGACCAACAGUCAACAAAUUCCGUUGUAGUUAACAUCGACAAUUCCAUCACUAACGACAUUACUAAGUUCUGUGACGCAAUCUGUUCUGUUUUUGCAAAUAUUGCCAAGCCUGUCAUAGAUUUGGUUUUCUUUUCAGUUUACCUACGUGACAAUUUGGGGACUUUGGGUAUUGGAGGCAUAUUUGUCAAUUAUUUCAUAACGGGCUACAUUCUGAAGAGGAUGGCUCCACCUCUGGGAAAACUCGUAAGCAAGAGAUCCAACGCAGAGGGGGAUUACUACAGUUAUCAUUUAAAUCUCAUCAAUAAUUGUGAGGAGAUUGCAUUCUAUCACGGUACUAAGGUUGAAAGGACAAAAGUCAACGCAUUAUAUGACCUUCUCAUGAAGCAAAUGCUAUUAGUCGAUCGAGUGAAAGUUAAUUAUUCGAUUCUCGAAGACUAUGUUUUGAAAUAUACAUGGUCUGCUCUAGGCUACGUAUUUGCGUCUAUUCCUAUAGUCAUCACUACAAUGACAACUGGAAUCAAUAAUGAAGAUGUGAACAUGAGGGAAUUCAUUGUAAACAAACGACUAAUGUUGUCACUUGCGGACGCGGGUAGUAGGCUGAUGCAUUCCAUAAAGGAUAUUUCACAACUCACGGGAUAUACAAACCGGAUUUUUGUUUUACUGGCGGCUUUACACAGAGUUCAUUCGAAAGAUUUUGAUUAUGGAGCUUCGACUGAGAACACUGAAAUGUCAAUUAAGAACGAAAGUUUGGUUAUGAAUAAAGAAACGAUCCGUGGUACAGUUCAAAGGAACUUCAACGGAAUUAGAUUCGAGAAUAUUGACGUGAUAAUACCCUCCAAGAAUGGCAAGGAUGGAGUUAAAUUAAUCAAUAAGCUUACAUUUCAAAUUCCUCCAGUCAUCACAUUGGAUGCGACCAAUUCGGAUUCACAGCUUGGAAUUAAUCACAAACUUAUUUUCCAUGGUCCAGGAAGUAGCCUCUUAGUGCUGGGCUCUAAUAGCUGUGGUAAGAGCUCUAUUCAAAGAAUUAUCGCCGAAGUCUGGCCAAUUUAUAACAAGAACGGAUUACUCUCGAUUCCUUCUCAGUCAGAACUCUUUUGUAUUCCUCAGAAACCUUAUUUCACUCAAGGAGGUACUUUCAGGGAUCAGAUUAUUUACCCCAUGGCUACGGAUCAGUUUUUUGAUCGAGGUCAUAGGGACAAAGAGUUAGUUCAGGUCUUACAAGAAGUUCGGCUCGACUACCUUUUGAAAAGAGAUAAAGGUUGGAAAUAUCUGGAUUCAUUGGCAGAUUGGAAGGAUGUCUUGAGUGGUGGUGAAAAGCAGCGCAUGAAUUUUGCGAGAAUUAUGUUCCAUAAGCCUCGAUUUGUUGUACUUGACGAAGCAACGAAUGCAAUCAGUGGCGACAUGGAAGAUUAUCUAUUCAAUUUAUUGAAGAGAUAUCGUUUCAACUUCAUCACAAUUUCACAGCGACCAUCUCUGAUUAAAUAUCACGAUUAUGCGCUUGAAAUCGGGCCAAAUGAUUCGUGGCGUUUACAGACAUUAGGAACAGACGAAGCUAUUACAUCUAUUGAAAAGCAAAUUGAAACGUUGGAGCAAAAAUUGAAGAAUGUUCAGAAGUGGGAAGAAGAGAGAAGUACUUUAAUGACCAAGCUAGCUCAUAUAUAA